AUGGAGGCCGCGGAGGCUGGCGGAGAUCGCGAAGGUUGGACGGAGGUUGGAGGUUGGAUCGGAGGCGGGAGGAUCCGCAGAGAGGAGAUUCGAGGAGGGCGGAGGUUUGAUGAACUACCAGUCGAAGAUGGAAAAGCAGUACAAUGGCCACCAAAGUCCAGCAAACCUGACUCGAAGAAAGAUCCUUCAAAGUGGUUUGAUUUUCAUGCCGACAUCGGCCACACCACCAACGAAUGUGUGGCGUUGAGAAGAGAAGUCGCCUAUUUGCUGAAAAAUGGACAUCUCAAAGAUGUCAUUUCUGACAAAGCUCGCGGCGUCAUCAACAAAUACAUUUCUAAUUCUCCUUCUCGGCCUCCUCCACCUCAUCCUCAUACUAAAACUGUUAAUUUUAUUGCUGGAGGUUCUGACGUUUGUGGGGAUAUCUCCGACAAGCACCAUGACGGUCUGGUGAUAUCCAUUCCCGUCGGGAAUUGUAUGAUCAGACAAGUCAUUGUCGAUAGCGGAAGCUCCACCAAGUUAUAA